GAAGUCUGCGAACGUCCGGGGGACGCCCCUUUGCCAGUCCUAAACAUUGUACGCAAACUGCCAGUCAUUCUUGUGAAUUGACAUUGACGGAUCUUCCGGCAGUUCCGUGCGCCGUGCGGUGGACAGGCGGAUCGGUGUGCGCGAAUUUAAUGUAAUUAAAAAACGACAAUUUAUAGUCAAAAUAAUGGGAGCGGUACGAAUAAUUAACGACGAUCGUCACUUCAACGGCGAGCUGACCAACGCCGGCCAGAAGCUCGUCGUCGUAGACUUCACAGCGAGUUGGUGCGGACCCUGUCAGAGAAUCGCCCCGAUAUUCGAGCAAUUGUCGCUCAAGUAUCCGAAAGCGGUGUUCCUGAAGGUGGACGUGGACAAAUGCGCGGACACCGCCUCGAUGCAGGACGUCAGCGCGAUGCCGACCUUCAUCUUCUACCGCAGGCGCGCGCGGCUGGGCCACUGCCAGGGCGCCGAUCCGGCAGGGCUGGAAUCCAAGAUCCAGCAGUUCUACGGAAGCGGCGGCGACGCCGACGACGCGGACGACUCGGUCGCGGACUCCCUGCCCGGCCAUAUGGACUUGUCCAGUUUCAUAAUGAAGCAGCAGUGCGAGUGUUUAAACGAAUCGGACCAUCACACUUUCCUUCAGUGUUUGAACUCGGACAGUGGGUAUCUCCAGAGCGAUGAGGAUGAGCAGCUGAUAAUGUCCAUCGCAUUCUCGCAGCCUGUUAAAGUUCACUCGCUCAAAAUCAAAGCGCCUACGGAAAAUGGUCCGAAAAAUAUCAAACUAUUCAUCAACCAGCCCAGGACGAUCGAUUUUGAAAUGGCGAGCUCCAACAGGAGUGUCCAAGAUCUAACAUUUUCAGCCAAGGACCUCGAGGAGGGAAAUCCGGUACCACUGCGCUACGUCAAGUUCCAGAAUGUGCAGAAUCUUCAAAUUUUUGUGAUAGACAAUCAGAACGGCACGGAAACAACAAGAAUCGAUCACCUAGUCUUAAUCGGCUCACCGAUCUCAACCACCAACAUGGGAGAAUUCAAGAGAGUGUCCGGCAAGAAGGGAGAAAGCCAUUGAGAGACUUUCCUGCAACAAUAAUAUAUCAGGAUAUCAUCAGGAAUUUUGAUUUGCCUACUAACAUUCCCCUAUUUUUUUUUCUGGCAAAGAAGAAAAGAGGAAAAAAAAGGAAAACCGAUGUAACGAGACUUAAAGCUUAAUAAAAACCGAUUUGAAUACCGUAA